AUGUUACCAGCGUCUGCGUUCUUUGGGGUGGCUGCUUAUGUCACAUGCUCAAGCAUGAUGCUUGUGGCCAACAAAGUCACGCUCACAUUGAUACCCCUCCCUGGCGCGGUGUUUACAUUCCAGCUGGCCUUCGCAGUGGUGUCGAUCUACAUGAUGAAGACCCUGUGCUCUCUACGGGUGGACGAUCUCACCUGGUUCAAUAUCAAGCUAAUGUUUCCAUACACCAUCUCCUUUGCCAUGAGUAUAUAUGCCAAUGGCAAAAGUCUUGAGCAUUCCAAUGUGGAGACGGUGAUCGUGGCCCGCUCCUGUGCUCCACUCUUGAUUAGUGUGAUCGAAUGGGCCGUGCUGAAUCGCCAGCUGCCCAGCUGGAAAUCCACUGGUGCCUUGCUGUCCAUUCUGGUGGCGGCCACGGGCUACGUUUUGGCUGACAGCCAAAUGAAGCUGGUGGGUUUGCAGGCCUACACAUGGGUGGGCAUUUACCUGCUGCUGAUUGUCUACAACAUGGUCUAUGGGAAGUCGGUCACCUCCAAAGUGAGUUUCGCUUCUCCCGUGUGGGGUUUGACGCCUUGGAUCAUUCGGGCUCGGAUCGACGGUUCGUUGGGCAGAGGCAUGGCUGGCUUUGCGGCCUUGUUCGUGUCCUCAGCGAUCGGGGUGGGCAUUAGCUGGAGUGGCUGGAAUUGCACCAGCCUUCUGACCGCCACGACCUAUUCGCUGGUGGGAUGCUUGGAACCAGCACGAGGUUUUUGGGACUUUCGGAUGGGCCGAAGCGAUGUGAAUGACGCAGGGGUUUUGAUCUGGGACAAGCACGCCACACCCCUCGGGAUCUUCUGGCUCUGUAUCUGUCUGAUUGCCGGGAUGUUCUACGAGCCAGCCGCCCUCCGGGAGAACGCCAAAGUCGCCAGCGAGGUGGACGGCGAGCCUUCCGAGAGCGCCUAA